AUAGAUAACUAAUUACAAUACAUAAUGAGUCAUAAUAUAGACCCAACAGACUACGUGGAGGUAGAAUCUGGAUCAUUAAAAUUCCAGGAUGAAAGUCAACAAGCAAAAUUUGAACUUGGUGUUUGUAUGGCAGUUUACAAAUGGGAUGAAUUGAAUACAGCCGUGGAAAAUUCCUGGGGUGGAGCUAACUCAUCAGAGAAGAGAGAUUGGAUAUCUGCUAUUGUGAUAGAGUUAUUCGAUGAAAAAGUGGUUGAUAUACAAUUAAUCGAGGAAACCUUGUUGUAUGCUAUGGUUGAUGAAUUUGAUACUGAAGUGGAUAAUGAUUCAGCGUUAGAAAUUGCUGCUAUAAUAAUGAAAUUCUACAAGGAUGUAGGAAUCAAAAAUUAUACAGAUAUAGAGUUUCUUUACAACAAAUAUCAAGAAAAACAAGCUAGAGGUGCUUCAAACGUUGCAAAAAUUCACAUAGAAGAAGAUCCAAAUAAUCCAGAUGUAUCUGAUAGCGAAGAAGACGACGAAGAAGAUGAAAAUAUUCCAACCUUGCAUGAAGAUUCAAUGGAUAUUGAUGAAGAACCUAGCGGUCCAAUAGUUGAUGACGAUGGUUUCGAAUUGGUUCAAAAAAAGGGAAGAAAAGGACGUAGAUAAACUUCUAUAUUGGAAUCAUACAUAGACAUAUAUAAUAUAC